CUGGGCUGAAGUGAGCUUUCUGCGACCGAGAGCCCCGGAGCGAGGGAAAAAACACGGAGCCGGACUUUUGACCUGAGGCUCGGGGCCGGGCUGACGCAGAAGCUCUGGAUUUUGAUUCGGCUCUAUUAUGUCUUCCCCCCAAAUUGCCUCCCUUUCUUGGGGUCAAAUGAAGGUACAAGAUUGUAGCACAACCUACAAGGACUGCAAAGUGUGGCCGGGGGGUAGUCGGUCCUGGGACUGGAGAGAAACAGGAACUGAGCAUUCCCCAGGUGUGCAGCCUGCAGAUGUGGAAGAAGUAGCCAAGAAGGGGGUCCAAACCCUUGUAAUUGGCCGUGGAAUGAGUGAAGCAUUGAAGGUGCCAGCAUCCACUGUGGACUACCUCAAGAAACAAGGGAUAAAUGUACUGGUCCUCCAGACAGAACAGGCUGUGAAAGAAUACAAUGCCCUAGCUGCUCAGGGAGUCAAAGUGGGAGGUGUCUUCCACUCUACCUGCUGAUGGCACCUUCCAAGUUCAGAGAAAAAUAAAACAAUGAUUCAUGAAUGUGACUUAUCACUUAGCCCCUCUCCUUUCACCCCAGUCAGUCAUUAAACAUUUAUUAAGUACCA